AUACUCUUCGUGAUAAAGAUAACCUCUGACAAAAACUAUUUUGAAUACAUAAUAAUAAUAGUUUCUUUGAUAAGGCUUAAAAUACAGCUUGAAAAUAACAUUUUGAAAAAUAUUACAAGAUGAGCCGCAAUUUAAAAGCGUUAAUUGGUCCCAGCAUUCUCAAUGCCGACUUAUCUCAACUAUACGAAGAAUCUCAAAAGUUGCUUAAUAACGGCGCAGAUUAUUUACAUUUAGAUGUCAUGGAUGGACAUUUUGUACCUAAUUUAACAUUUGGUCACCCAAUAGUUAAAUGUCUUCGGAGCAAAAUUAAAGAUGCCUUCUUUGAAACUCAUAUGAUGGUGUCUAAGCCUGAGCAGUGGAUAGUACCUAUGGCAGAUGCAGGAGUAAAUCAAUAUACUUUUCAUAUUGAACCAGUGAAUAAUGUUGAAGAUGUAUGCCGAAAAAUAAAGGAGAAUGGAAUGAAGGUAGGAGUGGCAAUAAAACCAGGUACAGAUGUAGCAGAAGUCGAAAAGUACAUAUCAAUAUCUGACAUGGUGUUAAUAAUGACAGUAGAGCCUGGUUUUGGAGGGCAAAAGUUCAUGGCAGACCAAAUGGAGAAAGUUAAAUACCUUAGAGAACAUUAUCCACUUCUAAAUAUUGAGGUUGACGGUGGUGUUGGUCCUUCAACUAUAAACUGUUGUGCUGAUGCUGGUGCAAAUAUGAUUGUAUCUGGUACAGCUGUAAUAAAAGCACAGGAUCAAGCUUCAACUAUUAAAUUAAUGCGGGACACCGUUCAACAAGCAAUUGGGAAAAAUAGUUCAUAAAUUUGAAUUAUAUAAGUGAUUGAAUUACCAGCAGGGUAAAUAAAUUAGGAAAUAAAGGCCAAUGGUAAUUUUAGGGAUACACAU